AUGACGAAGACAAGCAGGGCUUGUGCUUACGGUUUCUUUUUCUUCUGGUUGUUCGUUGUUGUAUUAAAUAAAUCAUAUAGUAUUCAUUUCACGAAAAGUAAAUACAGUUUGAUGUAUUCCGGACGCAGAUGCAUUCCAAAUGAAACUAUUUUUGAAAUGCAUAAUGUUUCUGAGAUCAUACAAUGCGGCAAAGUUUGUCUUACAACCAAUGGAUGUCGAAGCGUUUUCUAUCAGCCAACUGAUCGUGGAUGUGUCGGAUGCCGUGCCAGGCUUGGAUUUUGCGAUAAUAAGUUUAUGAAUUUUUCUGAUUCACUUGCCUUUGAUAUGCCGAUUGGAGCAGAAAAGAAAGAAUUGGAGACAUAUUCUGAUUGCAAGGAUAUAUUAUCGACCAUGUCCUCACCUAAAAAUGGGAUUUAUGACAUAACGCUACGGUAUUCAAAAACAAAAAUUAAAGUGUAUUGUGACAUGGAAACUGACGGUGGCGGUUGGACUGUUUUUCAAAACAGAUUCGAUGGGUCAGUUGAUUUUUAUCGGAAUUUCUAUGAAUAUGAGAAUGGAUUUGGGGAUAUUGAUGGCGAAUUUUGGUUAGGUAUGUUAAAUUGUCUUAAAUAUGUUCAAGAAAUGACAAGUUUUACACGGGAAGAAUGCCUGUCAGAACUUAGAAUUUCUCUUAUAGGGAGUGAAUCGGAAAAAGCCUACGAACUCUACACAAACUUCUACUUAGGGUAUGGUCCUGACUACAGAAUUUACCUUACUCCAGGAAAAGAAUCAACAGUUCAGCGCAAAGAAUUUUCGCUGUAUGACCAGAAUGGAGUUGUCUUUUCAACAUUUGAUAGAGAUCAGGAUCAGUCAGUCAGUAAAUGUGCUGUCAACUAUCAUGGUGCGUGGUGGUAUAGCGAUUGUGCUAGACAAAACCUGAAUGGAGAGUACAUCACACCUGGAACAGCACAUACCUACAUCAAUAAAGGGCAUUUUUAUCACUCAUUCCAGAGUUUUCUAGCCCUUAAAGGAUCGAGGAUGAUGUUCCGAAGAAUGUGA